UUUAAUGCUAGGUCCUUCAUAAUAUCAAGUUACAUUCAAAAAUAUUGUCAACCCUUUGGAAGCUAAAAGUGAGACUUCCUGAAGAUGUCAGAAAUUGUGGACUGCAUUGCUUACAUUGUUCAGAAAGUAUGUUGGAGCCUGGGUGUUUGUGCACUCUUUAUUGCCAAGCGGUUGGCAGAUUUGUUUGGGUUAAUAUUCAACAUCCUUGCUUGUUUAACCAUUGUGAGACUACCCUUUAUGAUGAUGCAGUUCUACCACAUGGACUCAAUGGUGGAAUGGCGGUGUGUAGGUUUUGUCCAUUUUUUGUUCUUUCUGGUGGACAUACCAUUUAUUCUCAUGUUAUUGCUUAUGGUCUUGUUUACCGGGGGGUUAAUUCUCAUCCCACUCAUCAAUGAAAUCAAGGCAAAGAUGAACUUAAAAGAUUUCACAAGUGAAGGGGCGGGAAUUUAUGGUGUGAGAGCAUUUGAGCUUCAUUUAAUCAUUGGAAAGAAUUUCUUUCGUCUCAUCUGUGACAUUUUGUGUGUUCCUCUGGCCAUUGUUUGUUUCUUCUCGUGGAGAUGUUGCAUUUUUGUGAAAAAACUGCGAACGAAGGACUACAAGUGGAGAGACUUUGGAUGGAGAAAAAUUUGCAUCAUACAAUUUUUACAACUCUUUGUUGAUAUUCCUUGUAUUUUGAUUGGCCUGCUUGUUAUGAUGACAUGGCGUGCCCCAUUUUUAGUCAGGAAUGUGAAUGAGUGCCGAAAAAAUUAUAAAAAAUGGAAUCAGUGGAGAUUUGAAGUUUUUCCCGAAUUUGUUUUCUUUUUUGUUGACUUUUUUUGCCUGCUGCUUUUUGUUUUAACCAUAAUAACAUGGAGACUGCCCUUCUUGGUGCACAAGCUUUAUCAUACAGAGAAAAAACAGUGGAAAGUCCGAAAAGUUAUUGUUGAACAAUUUCUGUUGAUAUUUGUGGAUAUUCCGUGUAUUCUAUGUGCCAUUAUUGUGUUCAUCACCUUAUGGAGAGUUCCCAACUUCCUCAGAAACUGGAAAAGCGACCAAUGGAAAAUCAGGAAAAACUGUGUCUGCCAGAUGGGAAUGCUGUUUAUUGACUUUGUCUGCAUUCUGUUGUGUUUGGUUGUCAUGGUAACCUUGUGGAGGUUAUACCCCUUAAUUUGUGAUGUCAAGAAGUACUAUUCAAGAACCCAGGAGGAACGAUCCUGGAAGAUUCGAAAGUCCAUUUGUAAGAAUGUUGCAUUUUUGCUUAUAGACAUACCAGCUAUAUUUCUCUGUCUUGUCAUAUUUGUUACAAUUUUGCGAUUUCCCAAGCUACUGUCUAAGCUUAUCCAAUCUGGGAAUUUCUUCCUGGAGUUUGCCAUUACAGUUUACUUUGAGGCUGCCAUGUUGGUAGUGGACAUUUUCUUCGUCCUACUGUUUGUGGCUCUGAUGUGCGUCAGGCCCAUCCAAAGCUGGGUGCAUCUGCUGGAAGACGAAGAACAUAAAAAGAACCGCCUUCUGAGGCACUACAUGCAGUGGGUCCCUGAUAUUCUGGAGAAGCGCUUCCAGAAUCGGAGAGAGCUAGAAGGCAUCUUUUCAACUUGUUUAAAAAAUCGAUCAUCGGAGGCAGAGCUCUGGAAUAAUCUUCACACUGUCAAUAGAGAUUAUUUGGAGGAAUUAGAGUGGAUUCGAAACAAAGUGAGAAAAUACGAACUCGAUGGAGAAUUCGGCCACUUGAUUGAUAUGAUCAAAUGGUGGGAGGAGAAACGAGUGAACAAGCUGCUGCGCUUGUACAGAUGUGAAAGGAAUUUUUUACUCCACCCCAAUCUCUCCACCCAUAACAACAACUUGGCAAAAUUUAGAAACGAGAUGCUUCGAUAUGAGAGUCACGUAACCGAGCAAUAUCGCACUGUUGAAAAGUACACCAUUCCUAAAGUGCCGCUGUGGGGUGAGGAAUGCGGGCUCAAGACGCGCUCGCGUGAAGAGACUCAACAAACUCUGAUCAAAUGUCUCCCCAGUGGACGAUUCGUCCUCUUGGUGCUUACACUGCUGAAUGUAGCUCUGAUAUACCGCGGCCCUGCCUUGUUGAAAAACCUUUGCCGGCGCUGGUAUGACCGGAGGAACAUAGUGUUCAGCUCUUGUAAAGAGUAUUUUUACGAUCUGUUGACUGUUUGCAGAAUCGUGUUGGUCCUGAUAUUCUUGUAUCGAGCGCCUUUCUUGAUCACCGACAUCACAAUAGACAUUGUUUUCAAACACAGUUGGCGCGCAGUUCGUGAGACGGUCAAAAGAUAUCCAGCCAUGAUCUUAGAAGACCUUGUUCAGCUGGUUAGAUUUUUUUUCAGCUGGGAGAGUGUCCGCUUUGUCUUCACUGCUCUUCUUUUUGGUCUCCUGAUGCCGGCGGAUUUAUUUUUGACCAUUACGAAAUUUUUGAUUUCAAAGGACUGCGCCUAUUUCGUCACCGCUGUCUUGUACGUGAUUUUCGUGGCCUUUCCGUUUCUCAUACCGUUUUACAUCAGCCAGAGAAUAGACUCUGACACGUUGACAGUCGUAAUCGGCGCAUUUGCUGUGAUUUUGUUGAUGGUUUUGGUGAUAAUGGUCAUUAUUUUGCUUAAGUAUAGAAAUCCACCCAACAGGCACGUAUAUAGCCAAGCAGACGCGCUCGUAAUCGAACCAACGCCUUACGACUACGUACGAUUCAACUGGACAAACAUUCACGUGAUCGUAUUUGAAAUCGUGGAGCUACUACAACUGUUAGCGUUAGUGUUCGUGGUAAGUGAUCUUCCAAUGCCUGGUGCAGGUAUUCUCAAAACUGCUUCCCAAUAUCUGCUAUUGAACUUCGCUUCUUUUAAUGUGAAGCUCUGGUUAACCUUUUUUAUAUUCGUGGUAUGGUUUUUCUGCUGCGGCGCGCCCGUGAUCUUGGAAAGCGUCCUGGAGCAUCUACCUAAGGGAUCAUGCGCAAAACACAUGGGAUGGACUUUGUUCCUGUCGCUUUUCGCUAACACCUUAUUUGUAACGGUCGUGGAGAGUUUCCUUACGUUUGUAGCCUGCAAGACCAACGAUUGCCCCAAGCUUAACUCAACUGUAAACGCGAACACUUCAAGUAGAAGUUACUGCUUGCCCGUUGUUCUGAUCGAAGAACCUAGCAUGGAAUGCUGGGAAGGAAGUCACAAGGCCAUCGCCUUCUUAGGCCUGCUGGGAUUGGUUUGGUACUCGUCCACUGCCAUCGUUUUCGGGACCAAAUAUGGCGAUGUAGAACACCCAGGCCAGGAUUUAAAAUUUUCCCCCGCUUACAACAUCUUCAUUAAUUUCGUUAAAGCGUUAAUGGUGGGUGUGGUCGUUUUAGCUGCGGAGCAUCAUAUGAUUGUGUUGUCGCUUCUACUUGUGGCAAAUUUAGGUGCGAUUAUUUUCACCCUGACAUUCAAGAGGAUUUUCAAGUUUCAAUUGUCAAAUUCUUUUGUGUUGUACAUAUGGCGCGCGGUGACUUUUAUCUGUGCCGCGUGCGCAGCCGGGGCAGCUCUGGUUGCUAAAAUAAGAAACGAUCCCGACUCUCUUCUGCCUCUCGUUAUUUUCCUUGGUGGCUGUCUCUUAGUGGUACUCGUCGCUCUCUUGGUAUCAAUUUUCCUCAGAAAUCGAAGAAGAACUCCCGUAGAAGAGCAGCGCAGAACGUUCCGUCAAAAGCUGUUGUCUUUGGAAGCAAAACUGGUUCAGGAAAACUACAUGAUAAACUCCUGGACCAAAGGCCGCUCUCAAUGGAGAAGACUGGUGAAGAACGUUUACGAAGCGCAGAAGGCUGACCGUUCCGUCUCCCCGUCAGUUUAUUCACACCUCCAAGUACCGGCCCCUCCACUCCCUCCACCUCCCCCAGAGGAAGGACAGAUAGCUGAAGCACAACCAAGUACUUCAGCUCCCCUUCCCCGUCCCCCUGCUUAUGAUGAUCUGUUUCCUAACAUCAUGGGGCCAUAUGGAGUUCCUCCUGUCCCCCCACCCCCAUAUACUGAAGCAGUAACUGACAAUGUGGUUAUAGACGAGGGGAUAGAUGAUCCGAUUCCCCCACCCCUACCCCCAGUGACUAAAGAUGAGUCCACAGAUGGGAGUCAGUCUUCCUCAGACAACUCAGUCGUUAUUACGUUAAAAGACGCGGCCCUAAACUCGGAAGCUGAAAGAAGGCAAUUCAUUGGUUCCGCCAUGCCUGCCCCACCUUAUUACAUGGAUGACCAUAUGGACACUCGAUAUGCGCAGCGUCAAGAUUCUGAUGACUGGAAGCUUUGGGAUAUUACCAGUAUGGAGUGCAAUGGCACGAAUCUGCUGCUCGUGCUGGAGGGGUACAUCCACUACUCUGCAUUCUCCUUUUCGUUCGUUCUUCAGCUUCCUCUGUGGCGUUCUGCCGUCAGAGAAUGUAACUGGACUGGCUUGCUGCACUGCCUGACGGUCUUGGAGGGUAGCCUCACUGGAAAGUUUAACACUCCUACGAGAGUCGAUAUAUCGCAGGCUAACUUGAAUGUCCCCAUAUUUGAGCUUCAGCCAGAUAUUUAUACAGAAGAACCGCCAUUUUACGAACCUGAACCGCGAGAUCCCGAAGUAAUCCGCGCGCAGUCCGACGGUGAACGAACACGCGCGCUUGCUGAUGUGAAAAAUGUCGGUGAAUUUGGUGAACAGUGGGCCGAGCUUCUCGACAAACUUCUACCUACAAAACCGAUUAUUAGAAAGUGGGUUUGGAUUGAAGAGGAAGGGGUUUUCCAUGUUCACCUGCGAAGGCCCAUUCAAGGGACCAUAACGGAAGUGGGCCCUAAUGGAGUAAAGAUGGCUAGGGGAGCCUCGAUUUCGCUGCCCAAACAUAUCCAAGGCACAUUGUCAGAUACUCAAAUUACAUUUGAUAAGGGAUACGAGCCAAAAGGGAAGAAAGGACCCGUCUCUGUUGCCGUCAGUGAGCUGGGACUUAAAAAAGUUGAGGAGAAACUGUACGUGACAGCUCAAGGAAAGAAACUGAGGUACGACAAAGCUUUGGACAGUAUGAAGACUCUCACAUGGAAAUAAACUGUGUAAUUUGCCAUAAAAUUUCAAGCUCCGGUGGCGUGACGAAUGUUUGAAACUAUAAGCGUCACGCGAGUCACGUCAAAUGAUCCGUGUGUUCGUGACUUAUCUGCGACUGUCACGCAAGCAAAGAAUUUCGCCUUCAAAGGAACUUGGAGUAAUUUUUUCCUUUCAAUGAAAUGAAUAAUCCGAUAUCACGUUCCGCGGAUAAGCUUAGCUAUUCGUAUCACUCACUUCCAGGAUAAUUUAGUAAAAUCGCGAGGCGAAAGUGAAUGUCAGCUCUUUAACUUUAACCCUUCCACUCUUAGAUCACAUUAGAAAUUCUCCUUACUUUCUACCAUAAAAUUCUUAUGAUGUUAGUUCGGAAAAUUUGGUAUUGGAUCGGCUAGUAAUCCCCCAAACUAAUGUGUUUCUUGAUUCUCACCACAAGGAGUCGAAAUAUUUUCAUAGCUCGCUUGUGUAGUUUUUUCUUUCCUUUGUUUUGUUUUGUUUUGUUUUUUUUUAGCGGUGGGAACGCAAAAUUUAGUAAAACCAGCAAAGUUAACAAGUAGAGACAUUUGUGCUGGAAGGAAAAAUGGACCAAAUGUGGUAGUCCGUUCUCACUCUUGCUUAUUUUAUCAUUUAUAAUGGUAUUUUUUCUAAGUAAUUAUGUAAUAAAAUAUUCAGUAAUUUCGGAUUCAUAAAUUAGGCCAAAUUAGAUUUUGAAGACUGGCCCGCCUAGAUGAGCACUAGCUAUCUGCCUCCAGACUAGCACUAACUUUUAUUUUAAGAAUAAAGAAUAUAAAAAAUGAAAUAAAGAUUGUUUUUGUUGUUA